AUGACUGAUGAACGACCAAUACAAACAACCAGUACACUGCAUGGUGAUAAUCCUCAAGUAAGCUAAUAACUCUUUAUGAAAUAAUCUUAUAAGACUUUAACUAAAUUUUAAUGUUAAUCUUU